CUGCAGGUCCGCACUCCACUCCAGAGAUGUUCCACCGAGAUGCGGGCGUGCUGAGAGCUCAGCUCCGGUCUUAAUCUUCAUUUCCCUCCUAAAAUAAACCCUCUCGGAGCCGCCGGGUGGAUUAUCAUCAGACUGGGCUGUCAGCUGUGUGGUUUAUUGCUGAGGACGGAGCUGGACACCGCCCGGACCAGGAUCUCAGCUCCGUGUCUCUGGGCUGGAGGAGAAGAAGAAGGGAACACAGGACCGGCAGCCUGCAGCCGUGCGCUCUGACGGAUGGAAACGCGCACAUUACCGGAAUAUUUGUGGGGCUUAUUGAAAUGAUUUAAUCGUGUGGAGCACCUGGAGGAGUAGCUGCAUGUGUGUGUCGGUCGUUCAGAGACGCAAACGGAUUCCUGGAUAAGUGAAAAAAAAGGUUAUUUGCGCUCAAGGACACGCGCAGUGCCGCCGGUGGGUGCAGCUGCGGCUUCUUCUCUGGAGCUGGAGAUGAGCGAUAACGGAAUUAAAGGUAUUUAGACUCCCAGCAUGACUUUUCUCUGUCAGGAGAUCCACCCGAGGACUCUGCUCCAAUCAAACAGCGCAUUCACACGGAUGGCACGAGCUCCCACGUCCCUGCUACUUUAAAUACGUUACCGGAGGCUCGUUAAUUGGGCUCUGGGCGGCGAACGGGAGGCUAAUCGAGGAGUUUUUAUUUUUUCCAGGCACCGUGUGACCCGCUCCAUCCACCCACCCUGCUCGUUUGAGGAUCUAUGUGUACGUGAGCGCUGGUGGGGUUUUGCGCGGUGAGACCACCCGCACCUGGAUCCCCGGUUCGCCCCCCUUUUCUUCUUCUUCUGCUUGAUUGCGCGCACGUCUGUUCCGGUAAUUCUGCUGCUGUCCGGUCCCACACACACACACACACAUACACAUACACAUACAUACACACGUUUAUUCAGCCCCAGAAAACUACCAAGAUAGCCUCUCUCUCUCCGUGCUGUGUGGAUGGGAGAGAGGGGGAGCAGGAGUUGGGAUAAGCCGCCGACUCGUUGUGAUUUAACUCAUCCGUUCGCGGACGCAUCGGGAGCGGAAGACGGAGGGAUUGUGGAGAAAAGGGGACAAGACGAGCAGAAGAGGAGGAGAGCUGGAGAUCGAUGAAGGUGUCAGGAAGGACUGAUCUGGCAACCAGAUGACAGAAAGGUAGGAGGGUGCCCUUGUUAGCUUGUCAUCCUGUUGUAACCCCCGAGGCCGGUGAUGUGACCGGAAUGUGAAUUCACCACAAACAGGACCGACUCUACCUGAGAUCUCCCUGCGUCCCCCGACAAACUCAGGGAAUCUUGGCACACUUUGACAGACAGCUGGCUGAGCCAAUGACAGACUGCCAGGACCUUUAAACGCACAUCUGCAGGGGUCAAACCUACGUGGGCGCGUGCACCACGACGUACGUGCACGUGAACCCGGAUGAGCGCCUGCACUGUUCGCUGCCCUGCGAGAAGAGGACGGCCGCCCUCCCUGCUGAAGAGGCUGUUGCGCAUCAGAUCCAGUCACCGCGUCACAGCUGGACUCGGUUCUGAUCGGCUCCGAUUGAUAAAGAAAUACUGAAAACCUUCAGAAUCAGCAGGACAGUAGCCAUGGAUGUCGUCUGCCCCCUCCUGCUCUUCUUCCUCCUCUUCAUCCUCCCCUCUGGCACCUCCUCCAUGCUGUGUCCGAAGCGGUGCACCUGCCAGAACCUGCUGCCGUCCUACACGGUGCUGUGUGCCAAGACGGGCCUCCUCUUCGUCCCGCCCAACAUCGACCGGCAGACGGCCGAGCUCAGGCUGAUGGACAACUUCAUCACAACGCUGAGGCACCGCGACUUCGCCAACAUGUCCAGCCUGAUCCACCUGACGCUGAGCAGGAACACCAUCAGUCAGAUCCGGCCGUACGCCUUCGCCGACCUCCAGGACCUCCACGCUCUCCACCUGGACGCCAACCGCCUCACCGUCCUGGACGACUCCCACUUCCAAGGCCUGGUGAACCUGAGGCACCUCAUCCUCGCCAACAACCAGCUGCACAGCAUAUCAGAGGGAGCCUUUCAGGACUUCCUGGAGACACUGGAGGACUUGGAUUUGAGCUACAACAACCUGGUGGACAUCCCCUGGGACACCAUCGCCCUGCUGGUCAGCGUCAACACCCUCAGCCUCGACCAUAACCUCAUCGAGAGCGUCCCCGAGGGGAUCUUCUCCAACCUGCACAAACUGGCCAGACUGGACAUGACAUCCAACAAGCUCAAGAAGAUUCCUCCAGACCCGCUGUUCCUGCGGAUCCCGGUGUACGCUAAGAUGAAGGGUUCUCCCCUCACGGCGCUGGUGCUGAGCUUCGGUGGGAACCCUCUGCACUGUAACUGCGAGCUGGUGUGGCUUCGCAGACUGACCAGAGAGGACGACCUGGAGACCUGCGCCUCACCUAAAGACCUGGCUGGCAAAUACUUCUGGACCAUAAGAGAGGAGGAGUUUGUGUGCGAGCCUCCGAUGAUAACUCGUCACACCUCCAAGAUGUUUGUGAUGGAGGGUCAGGAGGUGAGCCUGCGCUGCAAGUCCAUCGGAGAUCCCGAGCCGUCGACACAUUGGGUCAGUCCUGACGGAAAGCUGAUCGGUAACACGACCAGAACCGUCUGCUACGAGAACGGCUCGCUCGACAUCCUCAAGGCCUCGGUCAAGGAUUCUGGAAAGUUCACGUGCAUCGCAUCUAACGCAGCCGGGGAGGCCACCGCUCCUGUCGAGUUAGUCGUCAACCCAUCGCCACACUUUGACCCUAAACUGGACCCUGACCCGGGGCCUUCAGACAUCCCCACAUCUAUCAAGUCCAACGUGAGCGGAGGUCAGGCGCGGUCCGACCAGCAGAGGGUCAGCGUGUCGCAUCUAACAUCCAGUUCUGCUACCAUCAGAUGGCCCCCGCAGAACCACAUACCAGGAGUCCGCAUGUACCAGAUCCAGUACAACAGCUCUACAGACGAUAUACUUAUAUACAGGAUGAUCCCAGCCAACCACAAGAACUUCCUGCUGAGUGACCUGGCAUCAUCACGGGACUACGAGCUGUGUGUUCUGGCUGUGUACGAUGACGGCAUCACCGCCCUGACCGGCACCAAGCUGGUGGGCUGCGUGUCCUUCAGCACGGAGCGGGAGUACGGAGACUGUCACUCCAUACGAGACCAGUUCCUGGGAGGCACCAUGAUCAUCAUUAUUGGCGGGAUCAUUGUGGCCUCUGUCCUCGUCUUCAUCUUCAUCCUCCUGAUGAAGUACAAGCUGCACAGUAACCACUACAAGCAGAAGGCCGCCGCACGCCACGCCAACGUCUGCUCCCAGACCAAUGGAGGAGGAGGAGGAGGAGCCAACGUCCUCGCUCUGCCUCCAUCGUCCUCCUCUGCAGGGCAGGGUGGCGCUAAUAAAAACUCCCAACCGUCGUCGUCAACAGAGGGGAUGGGAGGAGCGUCUCUUCGAGGGACGACUGUAGUGGAUUUAAAUCCCACCCAUGACGAUGACGCCAUCUCCCAAUAACACACGAGAAACUGUCAAUCAAAUCCACAACCCACCAAUCUCUUAGUCCAAACCAAUACUCCACUCCCCCCCUAUUUUUUUUUUUUUUUUUAUUUGUUGCUGGUGCCUGGAGCCAAACUCCACUUUUACGCCGAGGAGCAGCUCCUGUCAUUGAUUUACUUACAUUCAAGCGUCACAGCGCUGGAGGGAGAAGAGGCGGGAGAGGUGCCCCCAUGUGUUGCAUGGUCCUGUCCUUCUAGUGAGACCCAACGAUCAGGUAUUCAACCCAGAGACACAUCCUACGAUCUGAUGGCAGCCCAUACCAGUACCAGACGGGAUGUGACGUGGGCAGCCAGAGGAGGAUACGCAGUUUACCUGUUGGCAUGCAAAGUCUCCCAACGCUGGGACUGGACGUGUUGGAUACAGGUCAGGCUCUGGGCUUCGAACCCGGCUCACAUUUGGUGCUUAACUGGGGCUUGAAACCUUGGAUCACAGGGAUCAGAGCGAACACGGUCCGGAACCUCUUCUUCUUUUCUGAAGGAAGUGUCCAAUGAUCUGACCGGGCUUCGAAGGGUGUCGGGUGGAUUUAGUCUCUGCAUUUGACAGUUGGAAUCCAUGCGGACACUAAAUCCUGCUUUGGGAAUAUACCGAAGGGAUUACUUUGGAUUUGGGAAAAAAAAACCAUUUUGUGACAUUUUUCCAGGAUGUUCUUGAUUGUCGUUAGUCAGUGUUCGGUGGCACCGCUCCUUCUCUUUCCCCCAACAUACAGUCAUAUGCCAAAGGAUUACUACAGUAUUAUGACAGCCGUGUUAAAUUGUUGGGAGAAGAUGCGGACUUGCGAAAGCAUACCUCUCUAAUAUCUCUUAGCAGACGAAGAGAAAAAACGUUUUUGGGCCUUGGAUUGAAAAAAUACGAGCACAUUGUCGAAGUCUUGUCUCGAAGCAUCAAUAAUAAUAAACUGUCAAACUAAA